AAAAAGAAAUUAAAUUGAAUUGUCACAAGAUUAAUUAUAUAGGUGACAACUGCACCAAGUGCUUCUGUACCUCUUCACGGUACUCAGAAGUCGAAUAAGAACUUUCACUACAAAUUGGAUAUAAACUAAUGCAGUGCAAAUAAGACUUAUACAAUAAAAUAUAUAUUGCAAUAUAAUUUAAACCGAAUUUGCUCGAAAGUUAGGCGCUUUGAAUCCAGUAUCGAUGGCCCAAGAAUUCCAGCGAGUAAUAAGCCAUUUCAGCCAUCGACACCCGUUGAAGCUCAUCGCUUAUGAUCCAGAAACCCUAAACCUAACUACUUCUCCAUGUUCAGCAUGCAAGCUCCAGCCCUCGCCCUCGGGUAUGCUCUACUCCUGCACAAUUUGCCAGGACUAUUUCCUUCACCAGAGCUGCUUCGAAAUGCCCGUGAAACUAACGCACCCAUUUCACAAGCACGCUCUAGCGCUCGUGACGAAACCCGCGUAUGGUGAUGCGCGCUUCAAAUGCGAUGCCUGCGGCGAAAGGGGGAAUGGAUUCUCCUAUCAUUGCAAAAAAUGCAGCUUCGAUCUGCAUAUGCUCUGCGCCAUGCUGCCUUUAUCCGUCACGCACGACUCUCACGUGAAGCACAAUCUCGAAUUGAGCUCUGAAUCGCCGUAUCUAGACAAUAAAUUUUCAUGUGAUAUAUGCAUGAGUAUUGGUUCCUGUCAAUGGCUUUACAGGUGCAAAUCUUGUGGAUUUGAUGCCCAUCUGAAAUGUGCCACCACCGGAGAUGCUCUGUCAGUCCUGCCGCCGUCUCAAUCGAAUGAGCUGCCCAAGGCGGCACCACCAGAGGCGGCGGCGGCACCACCAGAGGCG